AUCAGCACUUGACAUUUAGCUGAAUUAUUAUUGCAUUGUGAAUAAAAGUUUGGAUUUUGUUGUCUUAUUCUGCAUCAAUUUUUCCCAUUACUCAAAGUGAAGAAUGCAAAAAAUUGUCAUAUUUGGAGGUACAGGAAUGACCGGUCAAUGUGCAGUCAAGUACGCUCUUGAAAAAGGUCUCAAGGUUCGCCUAAUGAUACGUAAUGAAGUAACAGUUCCAGAUUCCUUCAGAAGCCAAGUUGAACUGGUUAAGGGCGAUGUAGUCAACUCAGACGAUGUAGCCAACGCAAUUAAAGACCAAGAAUUAGUUUGUGUUGUUCUGGGCACACGAAACGAUCUGAAGUCAACAACAAUGAUGUCAACUGGAAUGCAAAACAUUGUAAAUGCUAUGAAGGCGGCAAAUUUGAAAAAUGUAUCCGUUUGUUUGUCGUCAUUUCUAUUUUUCGAACCGGAUAAGGUUCCAAAAAUGUUUGCUGAACUAAAUGCGGAUCAUAAACGGAUGUUGGAUGUGGUGAAAGCUUCUGGUCUAGAGUAUCGUGCAAUUCUACCUCCUCAUAUUGCAGAUGAGCCUUCAGCAGAGUACGCAAUCGCCUAUGAUAAAUCACCAGGAUUAACACGUUCCAUUUCAAAAUUAGAUCUAGGAAAGUUUCUGAUUGAAUCAUUAUUUGAUGACCAACACGCAGGAAAAGUUAUUGGUAUGUGCACAAAACCUGCUUGCUGAUGAUAUUGUUAUUACAAAAAUAGUAUGAACU